AUGGAGUUGGUUGGUUCUCCUCUGGAGGUGGAAAGAACAAAUCAUGAAAAAUGGCUUACAAUAGUAGAUAAAUUAUCACUUAUCCACAGCUUUGGUAUCUUGCAUGAGAACCAGCAAAAAUCAGAUUUUGCAAAAGAAAUGAAACAACUGAAAGCAUUGCUUGAGCUAUUGCCCAAUGCAUCAAAAACAAUUGGUAACAUUAAAUCAUAUCAUAAAGAACAACCACACUCCAAUUUGUAUCAGAAGCAAAUAGCAAAGGGAUCCAGGAAACAGAAGUUGGGCUCAAGGGAGAGUAGUUUGAGUUAA